CGUGUCCUCUUUGACUUCCCAGUAUGGUUCCUUGCUUCCUGCUUUCAGGUUCCAAGGGGCAGAUGACAAAGUUCGGAAAGUGAAAACGUACCGAAACAAAGAUAAACCCAGAACCAGACAAGAGACAACGACUCCAUCACAAAUCCCUAGAAAGCAUUGAUUAAUGUCAUCAUAUUCAGUCUCACCCUUUCAGAACCGUUCAUUUGCUUACUUUCACUCACAGGCUUUUGAUCUUCUGCAUCGAAAACCACUCCACUCUUAGUUUCGCUCAUCCUGGAACUUGCCUUUGAGCUUGAAGUACAAAAAAGUUUUAUAAUACAAGCUUAAAAACCCCGAACACAAGCUCCAAAUAAAACAAAGAAGAAGGAUGUCAGUUUCAUUUUCACAUUUCUCGAUACCCAUCUCAGAAUCUUCAAUUGCUCGAUCUAUUUCUCUCUUCCCCGAUGCAGCCAACAGGUUCCGAUCAUUGAGAGGCAGUCGGCUUGUGCUCUACGUAGGAGCUGGCAAUUUCUGCCGGAGGUUUUUUGGUUUGAAACUACAGAUGCUGAAGAGGCUAAAGAUUCAGCAGCGAAAUAGAAAGCGUGAACCUGCAAAUGAGUUCAAGAGCAUAAGAAAUCAGGACAAGGAUCAGUCGGAAAAUCCUUUGAGAAAUUUAGCAAAUGAUGAACUAUUUUCUGAAGCAGCAUCAACCAUAUCUUCGCUCAAUGAUUUCACAGAAGAACAUACAAGAUCAACUUCACAACCAAAAGAAAGUUCUUUGCCUAGUUCUCAAAAUGUUAUCUCGAAAAAGCCAGACGCUUCUUUGGAAUUGCCUUCCUCUUUCGUUCAAACACAUUCCUUAAAUUUGAAUGUUGAUGAUCAUCAUAGAGGACCCUCUCUGUGCAUUGCUGUUAUAGGAGCUACUGGUGAACUUGCUAGGAAGAAGAUUUUUCCAGCAUUAUUUGCUCUAUAUUACAGUGGUUUUCUUCCUGAGAAUGUUGGUAUCUUUGGUUAUUCCAGAAAGAAUUUGACAGAUGAAGAUUUAAGAUCCCUCAUUGCUUCAACUUUGACUUGCCGCAUUGAUCAUGAGCAAAACUGUGAGGACAAGAUGGAUGCGUUUCUUAGUAGAACAUACUACCUUAAUGGAGGUUAUGACAACAAAGAAGGGAUGUCUAAGCUGAAUGCUCGAAUGGAGCAGAUUGAGGAGGGAUAUCGUGCAAACAGGAUAUUCUACCUUUCUGUUCCACAAGAAGCACUUCUGGACGUUGCUUCCUCUCUUGCCAAUAAUGCCCAAACAAAGAAGGGUUGGAAUCGUAUAAUAAUUGAGAAACCUUUUGGAUUUGAUGCUCUAUCUUCUCAAUGGUUUACAAAAUCCCUUCUUUCUAAUUUCGAGGAGAAGCAAAUUUACAGGAUAGACCACCUCCUCGGGAGGAACCUUAUUGAAAACCUCACAGUUUUAAGGUUUUCAAAUCUAGUUUUUGAGCCAUUGUGGAGUCGGACUUACAUCCGCAAUGUGCAGGUGCUUUUGUCAGAGGACUUGGGUAUGCAGAGUGGAAGGUAUUUUGAUGGUUAUGGGGUCAUUCGGGACAUUGUUCACAGUCACAUGCUCCAGACGAUAGCAUUGCUAGCCAUGGAACCACCUAUAAGUCUUGAUGGUGAAGAUAUUCGAAAUGAAAAGGUCAAGGUUCUCAGAUCAAUUCGCAAAUUGGACCCUAGUGAUGUGAUUCUUGGCCAGUACAAAGCUACUUCUGGAGAGAGGGUUGAUGUGAGCUUGAGCAGCCUGACCCCUACCUUUUUUGCUGCUGCAUUAUACAUUGACAAUGGACGUUGGGACGGUGUACCUUUCUUAAUUAAAGCUGGUGUGGGACUUAUCAAACACAGAGUGGAGAUACGUAUACAGUUUAAUCAUGUUCCUGGAAAUCUCUAUCGUGAACGAUUUAGGCAUAAUACUGACCUCGCGACCAAUGAGCUGAUUUUACGUGAUGUACCUGAUGAGGCCAUCCUAGUUAAAAUCAACAAUAAAAUUCCAGGACUAGGGUUGCAGUUAGAUGCUUCUGAGCUAAAUUUGCUUUACAAGGACAAGUAUAACGUUGAGGUCCCUGAUUCAUAUGAGCAUCUUCUGCUUGAUGUCAUUGAUGGUGAUAAUCAUCUCUUCUUGAGAAGUGAUGAGCUUGCAGCUGCAUGGAGUAUUCUGACUCCUGUUCUACAAGAGAUAGACCGGAAUAAUAUAGCUCCGGAGCUGUAUGAGUUGGGAGGCAGAGGCCCAGUUGGAGCAUACUAUCUUUGGGCUAAACAUGGGGUUCGGUGGGCAGACGACUAAAAAAGGUAAAGCCUUUGCUGUUUGAGAUAAUAAAACACGUUAUUUGGCAUAAUUGUGCGGUCAUUCCACCACCACUCCUAGUAUGGAAGAAAGCUUUGUAUACGUAAAUCAUGUAAAAAGUAUAGUAUCUUAUGUAUCUGUCUGUUUGGUUUUCUGCUAUACCUCAAAACCCGCAGAUUUGGGUGUAAAGUGCUCAGCUUUUGGAGCAGCUGAUUUAUUCCUCGGACUCCUAUGUGGUCAAGAUCCUAAAACUGCUGUCGCAUCUGAUACUUUGUGUUAUGUAAUGAUUCAUGUGUUCUGUUUCCAGAGCAUCAGACUGAUGCAAUAGUACAAUGAUGGAGAACCUGUCAGUUAAAGUGGGGCAAGGUUUUCUUUGAAAGAGUGGUAAAUACCAGAAAAAGAAAGAGCAGAGUUCCAUCUUUGCUCGUUUUGGAUGGAGAAAAUUAGCCACAUCCUGCGC